CUGGUUGAGAUGGCGUCCCCGAUGACGAAAAAAGUUUUGUUGAUGGGUCGCUCCGGCUCUGGUAAAACAUCUAUGAGAUCAAUCAUUUUCGCUGACUAUAUGGCCCGUGAUACAAUGCGACUAUCCCCAACUAUUGAUGUAGAAUACUCUCACGUGCGUUUUCUGGGAAAUCUUCAUCUCCAUCUGUGGGAUUGUGGAGGACAGGUUUGCACAUGUGCUGACAGCAUUGGACUGAAAUUAUCCCGUAGGACGAUUUUUACCGCAACUACCUUGAACACAUGAGGGAUCAUAUAUUUCGAUCAGUGGAACUUUUGAUAUAUGUAUUUGACAUAGAAAGUGAAGAGCAAGGAAGCGAUUUUUCUCAAUUCGCUGAUGUAAUUGAGGCUGUGGAACAGCAUUCACCUGAUGCCCGGGUCUAUGUCCUGGUACACAAAAUGGAUCUUGUGAAAGAGGAUGUUCGGAAAGCCGUCUUCUCUGAGAAAGAGGCCAGCAUCCUCUCCCAAGCAAGUGAUCACUUGCGUAUUCAGUGCUUUCGUACAUCUAUAUGGGAUGAGACCUUAUACAGAGCCUGGUCUCAUAUCGUGUACUCUCUAGUUCCUAAUACAGCCCUUCUAGAAUCACACUUGAACGAAUACUGCACAAUCUGUGGUGCAGACGAAGUUGUGUUGUUCGAAAGUACCACCUUUCUUGUGAUCGCACACGCAACCUGCAUUCCACAUAGUGAUACACAUCGUUUCGAAAAAAUUUCCAACAUCAUCAAACAGUUCAAGCUGAGUUGUCGGAAGGUUCAGGCGCAUUUCGAGGGAAUGUUGGUUCAACAUCAUCAGUUGAUUGCCCUUUUUGAGAAUCUAACGAGAAGCACAGCAAUCAUGUUUAUUUCCUCUGAUCCUGAUUUGAUGCACACUGCAUUGAUUUCUUCUAAUGUGGCACAGUUUCGGGCGCAACUAAAGAUCUGUGGUCUAAUUGGAUAACAUGUCCGCCUCUGGAUUAUUGAGCUAGAGAGCUCGGCUCAACGGAAUCUCUACCGGAAUGUAACUUGAUUGGCUUCAGUAGGCGGGGUAAGGAGCCGCGAAGCAGUGGCUGACGGGCGAGCAGCGAUGACUAAGAGCACCUAGGCUAUCAUGAUUCAAGUUGUCUCCAAAUUAUUUGGUCACGGCUUUAGGUUCGGCAGCGUGCGGAGUAGUGAGGGUCCUUGGUACUUUUAGCUCCGGCGCGGAGUGCUUGCAUUCGGCUGAGUUACAAUAAAUAGAGACUCUGAUGCAUUAGCGUGCUGUGAGGCAGGCGUAAAGCGAAGGGACAACAAGUGCUGUUAGAAAGCCUGGCGAUUCCGCAGCUACAGGAUAUGCCAUUGUGACAUUCCCACCCGUCAUCAAAAUUUCACGUAAACCAGCAAGCUUGCGGAUGACUGGCUAUUACGUAGUAGGUUCCAAAGGGGAUGGCCAAUGCAACUCGCAAAUACCGAACCGCAACUCAAAUUUUUUUUUGGCCUCAAGUGUUUGUCCAAGCAUGUCCUGCGGUAGUGAUCCUGACAGCCUUUAAAGCCCAUACGCUGUAUCAUGAUAGCACUGGCAAUUGAGAAUAGUCCUCAGGCGCGUUCAUGGCCGGCGGCGAGACUUGAGAUUCGAGGGGUCCCCUAAUUUGAGAUUCGAGUUCCGCAGCCCAGCCAAGAACCCUUUGUAUGCCCCGAGACCGAGCUGGGGGCUGGUCUGGUAAUUUGGUCUCCCAGGGGUUUCGGGUACCUAUGGCCAGGUACCCGAUGGGCUGCUAAUCGUUUUUGCUCGCCCGGGCCCGUUUCGGUCACUGGCACGUCCUAGAGGGGUAAGUG